AUCGUGAAGGAGUACACAAACAAGGAGUUUCAAGAGGCACGUCAUGUUUGAAUAGCUGAAUCAACCAAGGCAGCGUGUACCUAAAGGGAAGGUUUUUUAUUGAGACGGAAUCGAUACAAUCAGGGCGACAGCACAAAUCGGUCGGAAGGCAGAGCAAUGAAAGGAAUUCAUAGCAACGAAAAAUCUGGACAAAAAGGUCUGUUUUAUUCCAGCAAGUGUCAUAUGGAUGCAAACCUGCACGACAAGGACCUUGUGACCUGGUCUCGUUCUCCGCUCAACGAAGAAUUCGUUCCUACUGGAGGCAGAAUAGAGUGGAAGAACGGUCAGACAGAAAUAGUGGUGCAUGCAGGUAUAGCGCAGAGCAAGCCAUUCGACUUGUCCGUCACAGGAAAUUGAAAGAGUCAUGUUGAAGCCUGCGGAUAUUGCGACUAACUGCAAUUCCCCCGAUGCGAUGAUUAUGUUAUUGAUUCCCAGUUGAAGAAUGGUGUACUGAUGUUUUAGAACGUAUCCUUUGCAUUGAUAAUAGAGAAGACCGAUCGUAUUCAUAUUUAUUUGUUUUUAUUCAUGAAUACAGCGCAACUGAAACUG